UGGUUUGCUGGGCGCAAAGAUCGCCGACCUGAUUUGGUUGAAGGACAUUCGUUAAGAGGUGGACGGUGACCGCGACGGCGGCGUAAGACGUGAUUGCUGGUCAAUGAUCCCUCGACAUUGACCAUUACCCACCUACCCGACAGUAGCGCCACCGUUCAGCGCAUUCCCAAUAUGGACGUCCUACUGUCCGAAGCAGCUCACCUUCUGCCCCGCCAAAACAGUCCAUCGUCGAGCGGCUCCUCCAUCACUUGCACGGACGGCGAUACGAACUGCGAGUUCCUGCAACUCAUCGCCUCCCCGUUCGCCAGCGACCUCUUCUCCGACGCUUUCUGGGCUUCGCUCGUCACCUCGUUCGGCAUCACGGUUGGCAUCACCCUCCUCUUUUGCUUCAUCAGACCCUACAACAACGUGGUGUAUGCUCCGCGAGCGAAGCACGCAGAUAGUAAACAUGCGCCUCCGCCGGUGGGAAAGGGCUUGUUCGGGUGGAUUCCGCCGCUCAUACGUACAAGAGAGGCAGAACUGGUGGAGAAGGUUGGCCUCGAUGCGGCCAUCUUUAUGAGAUUCUGCCACAUGCUGAGAAAUAUAAUGCUCGCCUUGACGAUUGUCGGCUGUGGUGUGCUGAUACCGGUUUACAUUAUAGCGGCGCACGGCUCAGCGAAGGGAGUUUCCUUCUUCCUGCGCAUCACGCCGCAGUACAUGUACGGCUCGCAAUAUUUCUGGGCGGUGGUGGUGAUGGCAUACACCUUCGACAUCAUCAUCUGCUUCUUCCUUUGGACGAACUAUCGCGCCGUGGCGAAACUGCGAAGGGCAUACUUUGAAAGCACCGAGUAUCAGCGCAGUCUCCACGCUAGGACCUUGCUCUUGACGGACAUUCCGAAACAGAUGAGAUCCGAUGAAGGUAUCGUUCAGAUCAUGGAGAGCGUCAAGGCUACCCAUGAAGUGCCCCGCGCGGCCAUCGCCCGUAACGUAAAAGACUUGCCUGAUCUGGUUGAGGAGCAUGAGAAAGCUGUCCGGGAGCUGGAGAAGUACCUAGCGAAGUAUUUGCAUGACCCGAACAAGCUUCCCGCUAAACGUCCAACAUGUAAGGCAUCGAAGAACGAUAAGAGCUACAAGAAGGGCCAGAAGGUGGAUGCAAUCGAGUACCUGACGUCCCGGAUCAAGGAGCUGGAGAUCGAGGUCAAGGAGGUCCGGGAAACAGUCGAUAAGCGCAAUGCCAUGUCGUACGGCUUUGCAAGCUAUGAGAGCAUCGCGGAUGCACACAGUGUGGCGUACGUCUCGCGCAAAGGCGGACCUAAGGGUACGAUCCUCCGGCUAGCACCUAAGCCCAACGACCUCGUGUGGAAGAAUUUGAAGAUGCCGAAAAGCCAACGCAAUUGGCAGAAUGUCAUCAACAACCUCUGGGUCGCCCUGCUAACCGUCGCCUGGGUGGCGCCCAACGUGUUGAUUGCGGUGUUCUUGUCCAACUUGACACACCUUGGCCUCGUCUGGCCCGCUUUCAACGAGUCGCUAAAGGCACAUCGCAGGUGGUGGGCCGUGGUGCAAGGUGUCGUCGCUCCCGCAAUCACUACGGCCUUCUUCUACUUCCUCCCAGCCAUCUUCCGGCGGCUGUGCAUCAAUGCCGGAGACGUCACCAAGACGAGCCGAGAACGGCAUGUCAUGCACAAGCUCUACUCGUUCUUCGUAUUCAACAACUUGGUCGUCUUCUCCCUCUUCUCGGCCGUCUUCGGCUUCAUUGCGGCGAUUGUGAGCAGCAAAGACAGCAAUCUGUGGAACCGGAUCGAGUCUCAGCAUCCAUUUCAACUAAUCGUCGGUACGCUAUGUCAAGUCUCGCCGUACUGGAUCUCGUGGCUUCUGCAGCGGAAUCUGGGCGCGGCGGUUGAUCUAGGCCAACUGUUUACGCUUGUCUGGGGCUUCGUCUCGCGGAAGUUCUUGUCACCAACACCUCGGGAGCUCAUUGAGCGGACUGCGCCGCAACCGUUCGAUUACGCCGGUUACUACAAUUACUUCCUCUUCUACACGACGGUCGCAGUGUGCUUUGCGCCACUGCAGCCGUUGGUGCUACCAGUCACGGCGUUCUACUUUUGGUUGGAUUCGUUCCUGAAGAAGUAUCUCAUCUUGUACAUCUUCAUCACGAAGUAUGAAAGUGGCGGUGAGUACCUGCUGUAUCAUUACCUCCGCAAGAUUCGGUCCGCUAAUAAUGUAUAGGCAUGUUC